AUGGCCUCCAGCUUCUUCCCUGUUCUUGAGUGUGAGUCAGAGAUGUCCGGCCUGAACUCGUACACCACCUGCUGCAACACCAUCACCUGCUGCAACACCAUCACCUACUGCAACAACACCACCUACUGCAACAACACCACCUACUGCAACACCACCUGCUGCAACACCAUCACCUGCUGCAACACCAUCACCUACUGCAACAACACCACCUACUGCAACAACACCACCUACUGCAACACCACCUGCUGCAACACCAUCACCUGCUGCAACACCAUCACCUACUGCAACAACACCACCUACUGCAACAACACCACCUGCUACACCACCUACUGCAACACCACCUGCAACAACACCACCUACUGCAACACCACCACCUGCUGCAACACCAUCACCUGCUGCAACACCAUCACCUACUGCAACACCAUCACCUACUGCAACACCAUCACCUACAGCAACACCACCACCUACUGCAACAACACCACCUACUGCAACACCAUCACCUACUGCAACACCACCUGCUGCAACACCACCUACCACAACACCAUCACCUACUGCAACACCACCUACUGCAACACCAUCAGCUACUGCAACACCAUCACCUACUGA